AGGUAGAUGCCUUUUCACUCUGGGAGCCGCCACUCCAGGAAGGUCUGUACCGGGCCAGGACGUGCCAGACCGGAGGCACGUUCACACUGCCAGCUUCAGAGACUUCAGGCGUCUCCCCGUGGCCGCUCCCUGCCUUAGAAGCCAGGCUUAGACAGCUGCUUCCCCUUCCCAGCCAGAUUUUGGGAUCCCUUUCCUCGGAGCCGGCAUACCUGGAUCCUUCCUUCGAAACCAGCCCUAGGGUCCUUUGCCUUGUGUGCCUUGUGUGCCUUGUGUGUCUCCCCCGGGGGCCCUCGUCCUGGGCCAUGGCCCAGAGCACGGGCCUGGGGCCUGGGCAGCUGGAAGCUGUGGUCAUUCUGCUCUGUCUUGGAUUAUUCCGGUCGGGGACGGGAGCUGAUGGGGCCGAAGCCCUUUGUGGUGUGGCCCCCCAGGCCCGCAUCACAGGCGGCAGCAGCGCAAGCCCUGGUCAGUGGCCUUGGCAGGUCAGCAUCACCUAUGAAGGCAACCACGUCUGUGGCGGGUCCCUCGUGUCCGAGCAGUGGGUACUGUCAGCUGCUCACUGCUUCCCCAGCGACCACCGUGUGGAAGACUAUGAGGUAAAACUGGGGGCCCACUACCUGGACGUCUACGCCCAGGACACCGUGAGCACCCUGGCACAGGUCAUCGUCCACCCCAGCUACCGUGAGGAGGGCUCCGAGGGCGACAUCGCACUCCUCCAACUCCACAGCUCUGUCACCUUCUCCCGCCACAUCCGGCCUAUCUGCCUCCCCGCAGCCAAUGCCUCCUUCCCUAAUGGCCUUCAUUGUACUGUCACUGGAUGGGGCCACACGGCCCCCUCAGCCAGCCUCCCGAGGCCUAGGCCGCUGCAGCAGCUCGAGGUGCCACUGAUCAGCCGUGAGACCUGUAACUGCCUGUACAACAUCAACGCCAACCCCGAGGAGCCCCACUUCAUCCAGCAGGACAUGGUGUGUGCCGGCUAUGUGGAAGGUGGCAAGGAUGCCUGCCAGGGUGACUCUGGGGGCCCACUCUCCUGCCCCGUGGAGGGCCUCUGGUACCUGGCAGGCAUCGUGAGCUGGGGCGAUGCCUGUGGGGCCCCCAACAGGCCUGGUGUGUACACUCUGACCUCCAGCUAUGCCUCCUGGAUCCAAGAGCGCACGACAGAACUCCAGCUUCAUGUGGUGCCUCAAAUCCAGGAGUCCCAGCCUGAUGGCAACCUCUGCAGCGCGUCUCUGCCCUUCAGCUCUGCCCUGGCCAGGGGCUUGCCGGGGCCCAUCCUGCUGCUGCCUCUGGGCUUGGCCCUGGGCCUCUUCUGCCCAUAGUGCAGGCUGAGCUACUCACCCCGGAAGCUGCCCCUACUUCCAGGACUGAUACGUCACACCCAAGGACAUGUGCCUGUUCCCAGGAAGGGACCCGGCCCCUCCCUGACACCCUCUGUGCCUGCGCCCUGGUGAGCCACUCCUUCCUUCCAGGACUCUGUGGGAGGCCAGGGCACCAUCCUGAUCUUUGAGCCUAUUCUUCUGGGUUUACUUUUGUGACUAUGACCCAUAGUCCAAGUUUUACUGCCUGUGGUGCUGGCCAGAACCUCUGGUCACCUCUACCUGCUGUUCACAAGCCCACUGGCUAAGCUCCUACAUAGCUCCUAAGGACCUCUGGCUAUAAAAAUGAGCCCUGGCUCCCACCUAUUUCCAGAAGACUGGGCACCUGCCCUGCCUAACUAGGCCUGCACUUUGCCCUCUUCCUUGUUUCUGGGCUCGGGCUGCCUUUGGGCAGCUUGUUUUCAAGGACAGGAAAGGCCCCAAUCUUGCCCCAUUGGCUGCUGAGCCCCCUUGAGCCCUGACUCCCGGAAUCCGGAGGACUGAGCCCCCAUCGGAACUGGGCUGGGGCUUGGAUCUGAGGUGAGCAACAGAAGGAGCGAAGAGUAAAGUGAAGAGUAAAAUGUCUUGAGCACAACAGGCGUGUGCGUGUGAAGUGAGACGAAGACCGUCAGCUCUCGGCCUCUCCCUCCCACUCCAAACUCCAGAGCCACCAGCAGAAUUUACUUUAUUAAAAAAAUGAUGGAA